AUGGACCAACCCUCUCCACCUGUUCACCAUUCCGUUACAGCUACUGGUAAAAAGAAGCGACGUACUCUGCGUGACGCCGAAGAAGAUCUGGAAAGCUGUCGCAAUGCACUACAGGACGCCAAGCGCAAACUCGUGCUCACAGCCCGAGAGAAUGCCAAAAUGAGGGUCUUGUUGAUGCAGUACAUUGACAAAGAUGAUUCGCUCCUGUGCUCGAGCCAGCUCAGUGUCGGCGAGUCAACCAGUGUCGAUCCAAUUGACUCAAGCUCUUCUCCUGCUGUUGUGACCGACACGUCGGUCCAGUCGCAGUCCCCAUGGGAGGACACGACCGGAGAAGAAGGAGAGAGUGAGGACAGUGGCUGGAUCAGUGACUUGCAAGGUUGUACGGACGGGUUCACAGAGCCCAUUAGUCAGCUGAGCCAGAUCAGUCAGGUCAGCCACUGGAGCGAGUUAAGCUCGACGUCGAACCUGGACGCCAUUAUCAGUUUUCUGGAGACACAAGACACGUCGGAGACGACUCGGAGAGAAGCACUGCAGGCUGAAUGUGCCGUGUUGAAGGAGCAGAAGAGUGUGGUUCGGGUGGGCGUAGGUGUCUUGCUCCUGUCCUUACAACAUCCGAACUGCGUGCUCAUCGGCAAACGCAAGGGCUCGCACGGACAAGGCAAGUUUGCUCUGCCUGGCGGACACUUGGAAAUGUACGAAAGCUGGGACGAGUGUGCUAUUCGAGAAGUAAAGGAAGAAACGGACCUAGAUUUGAAGGAAGUCACGUUUGCGACUGUCACGAAUGACCCGAUGGAGGACGAAGGCAAGCACUAUAUAACGAUUUUAAUGCAAGCCGUGGUGGACGACGAACAAACGGUCAGGAACAUGGAGCCGCACAAGUGCGAGAGCUGGAGCUGGGUGCCAUGGUCUGACCUGCGCUCGAUCGAGAACAUGUUUACACCGCUGCUGCACGUGACCCGCAGCAAUUUCACACCCGCCUUCAUCAAACCCUGA